AUGCCUUCUGCUCGUGACAGACUCGCCGAGCUAAGGGCCCUUCGUGCCUCCGGAAAAAAGCGCCUCUCCACAUAUGAAAUUGAGGAACAGGGUGAUAUUUACGAAGAGGUCGAUGAUGACGGUUAUAAGAAAAUCAUUCGCGGUCGACUUGACGAGGACGACUUUGUCGUAGACGAUAACGGCGCCGGUUAUGCAGACGACGGUCGGGAAGUGUGGAACGAACGAGCACCUGAAUACGAUAGCGACGACAGUGAUGAAUUACCUGCGCGCGGCAAGGCUGCCAAACGGAAACGUGAGGAAGAGAAACAGCGCCAAGAGAAGAUGAACAACGGUAUCUCCAAAUAUUUUAACAGUGGCAAUGCCGCGACAGCUACUGCGGCCAAACCGAAGCCGGUUGCGACUGCUGAAGACGAUGCCUUCAUGUCAGACCUUCUCGGAGAAGUGGAUACGAAUAUUGUUUCCAAUCAUCCACCUACACGAAACAUUGUCAAAUCAGAGGCCCGACGAAAAGUUCGCGUUCUCUCCCCACCCACGUCUCAGAAGCGGAAUCGAGAGAGAAUUCAAGCACGAGACGAGAACGAUGUUCCAAGCUCCCCACCAAAGAAGCAACAAGCUUUUCAAUCCGACGACGAUCUCGACGAUGGUCCUCUUCCUGCCGUGGAAGACGAUGACAUUUCAAUGGGUGACCCGAUGCCCUCCUCUCCCAUAACCAAGGCUGUGGAACGCAAGACUGUCAUGCCAGUCAAGAAAGAAGAAUCGGACGAAGAAGAUAUCGACAUGAUGGACAUCGCGGAAGCCACAGUAUCGGCUAGCAUCAAGACCGAAAACGUCAAUAUAACUGGAAGUCGUCCUCCUCCAAAGAUCAAGAAGGAGGAGCCUACAACGCCUGCGGCCUCUUCGCCUACCAAACCCAUGCCGGAGCUAUUGGAUGCCUCCUGGAAUGAUCUGAGAAACAAACUGAACGUUCUCAGCAGUCCAGCACCGGAGAUGCGUUCUUUUGGAAAGCUGCGUGCCCAAGAUGUCAUCGAAGAGGAUGGCAGUCUGCGGUUCUUCUGGUUAGACUACACCGAGGUAAACGGGAGUCUGUGCUUGUUUGGAAAAGUAAAAAACAAGCAGAAUGACUCGUACGCCAGUGCCUUUGUCAAAAUUGACAACAUUCUUCGAAAGCUCUACUUCCUUCCUCGUGAACAACGAUUCAAGCAGGGCAGAGAAACAGAGGACGAAGUUGGAUUGGAGGAGGUCUACGAAGAAGUGGACCAGAUGAUGUCUCGCCUGAAAGUUGGCAUGCACAAGAUGAAACCUUGCACUCGAAAGUACGCAUUUGAGAUGCGCGGGGUCCCCAAAGAAGCGGACUAUUUGAAGCUACUCUACCCGUACGACAAACCAGCGCUCCCUAUGGAAGUCAAGGGUGAAACUUUCUCCCAUGUGUUCGGCACGAACACCUCUCUUUUUGAGCAGUUCGUCCUGUGGAAGAACAUCAUGGGCCCUUGCUGGCUCAAGAUUGACGACGCCGACUUUUCUGCUGUCAACAACGCAUCCUGGUGCAAAUUUGAAUGCCAAUCAGCUAAGCCAGCACUUAUCACGCCCGUCUCAGAAUCGGAGAACAUGGAGACCCCGCCCUUGACUCUUAUGUCUCUCGCCUUCCGAACACAACUCAAUGUGAAGGAGAACAAGCAGGAGAUUCUGGUGGCAAGUGCCCGUGUAUACGAGAACGUCUCCCUCUCGGAUACCACACCGCCAGAGAAGCUUCCUUGCAAAACAUUCACCGUGAUGCGCCCCGCUGGUCCAUCCUAUCCCCUGCACUUUGAGGCCGAAUGUCGAAAGCAGCGAGGCACAAUCAUGCUUGAAAAGAGUGAACAGUUCCUUCUCAGCAAAUUUUUGGCCAUGUUUGAGAAAAUGGAUCCGGAUGUGAUCAUGGGCCACCAGUUGCAGGAUGUUGACCUAGGCAUCCUCCUCAGCCGCCUACGAGAAAAGAAAACCCCUGGGUGGCAUAGGGUUGGUCGUCUCAAGCGUGGAGAUUGGCCAAAGAACUACAAUAAGAAUAGUGGUUUCUUUGCUGAGAGGCAGCUAAUUGCUGGUCGAUUGAUGUGCGAUCUUGGCAAUGAUAUGGGCAAGUCCUUGAUGAUGAAAUGUCAGUCCUGGAGUUUAACAGAAAUGUGCCAGCUUUAUCUUGGUGAGGGAAAUUCUCGGCAAGACUUGGAUGUCGAAGAAGCUUUGAAGUCCUGGGCCUCGACCAAGGAUGGUUUGAUGAAUUUUGUGAACCACUGCGAUACCGAUACCUAUUUCAUGGCUGCUCUGGUUAUGCGCCUGCAGAUGCUACCUCUUACCAAGGUUUUGACAAACAUUGCCGGUAACUCGUGGGCACGUACCCUCAGUGGUACUCGCGCGGAGCGAAACGAGUACAUUCUGCUUCACGAGUUCCACCGCAACAAGUAUAUUUGCCCAGACAAGUAUUCCUCCCGCCUGCAGAAGGCAGAAGAAAAGUUAGGUGAUGAUGAAGACAAUGUGGGUGACAAGAAAAAGAAAGACAAGUACAAGGGUGGUUUAGUUUUCGAGCCUGAGAAAGGUCUCUAUGACCGAUUCAUUCUGGUCAUGGAUUUCAACAGUCUUUACCCUUCCAUCAUCCAGGAGUACAAUAUCUGUUUCACCACGGUUGAUCGGACUGCUUCAGCGGAAAAUGAAAACGAGGAGAAUGUCCCUGAGAUUCCCUCCUCAGAUCAAGAGCAGGGAAUUCUGCCAAAGCUCAUUUCAACAUUGGUCGGUCGUCGACGUGAGGUGAAGAAGUUGAUGAAGGACAAGCGUGCCACUCCCGAGCAGCUCGCUCUGUGGGACACAAAACAACUUGCCUUUAAGCUGACUGCCAACUCCAUGUACGGCUGUCUGGGAUACACACAAAGUCGAUUCUAUGCUCGUCCCCUUGCAAUGCUCACUACCUUCAAGGGUCGUGAAAUUCUGCGAAGCACCAAGGAACUGGCCGAAAGCAGCCAGCUCCGUGUCAUCUAUGGUGAUACCGACUCCGUCAUGAUUAAUACCAACAUGGACACUAUUAGCGAGGCACUCAAGGUAGGCGAGGAGUUCAAGAGAAUGGUCAACGAACGAUACAAGUUACUAGAGAUCGAUAUUGACAAUGUAUUCCGCCGACUACUGUUGCAUGCGAAGAAGAAGUACGCGGCUGUGAAUCUGACGGAAGUGGAUGGCAAGUAUGUUGAGAAGCUUGAGGUCAAGGGUCUGGACAUGAAGAGACGUGAAUAUUGUGCGCUCUCCAAAGAGGUUUCAUCCAAACUUCUGAACGAGAUUCUUUCUGGGGAGGACCAGGAAGUGGUUCUCAACAAUGUUCACGAAUACCUGCGCGAGCUCGCAGAGAAGAUGAAGAACUUUGAGAUUCCAAACCAGAAAUACGUUAUCUACACGAAACUUUCCAAGAGGCCCGAUGAGUACCCGAACAAGGAGACAAUGCCUCCGGCGCAAGUCGCUCUCCGGGAGAUUGCACGAGGCAAGACUGUUCGGCCGAAUGAUGUUAUUUCGUACAUUGUGACAAGUGGCGAUGCGGAGACUUCCUCUCUCGCUCCGGCCAAGCGAUCGUACAGCCCUCAGGAUGUCUUGAAUCCCAAAUCAGAACUGAAGCCCGAUAUUGAGUUUUAUAUUCUCAAGCAAAUAUUCCCUCCCAUCGAGCGUCUGUGUGCCCCGAUCCCGGGUACUGACGCUGUCCGCCUUGCUGAAUGUCUGGGACUUGACACCCGCAAGUAUCAGAUUAACACCUCCAGCUCCAGCAAUCAACAGAAUGCCGAGAUCUUCCCACUGGAGUCGCAGAUUCCAGACUCUGUCCGCUUUGCCAAUUCCGAGCGGCUGAUUUUGACAUGCCGAUCCUGCAAAGAAAAGUCGGUGUUUGAGGGUCUGGCUGGUUCUCCAGAUAUGUGCACUGCAGAUGGUGUUAUUUGCUCCAAUCAAGUCUGCCAAAAACCAUUUGCGGUCAUCACUAUCGUCGCACAGAUGGAGCACCAGAUUCGUGAGCAAAUCAAUCGAUACUACGAGGCUUGGUUGGUCUGCGAUGAUUCGGCCUGCGGCAACCGAACACGGCAAAUCAGUGUGUACGGACAUCGCUGCCUGGGCCCAAGGGGCCAUGCUGAAGGUUGUUCAGGGCGCAUGGCGUACGAGUACACAGAGAAAGACAUGUACAACCAGCUGUUGUAUUUUGCCGGUCUGUGGGAUGUGGACAAGGUCAAUAACGCCAAUAGCAAGGAGGCUGCUGAAACCAAGGACAGCAAAUCUGCUAUGGCCGAAUUCAACCGAAUCCGAUUUGAAACUAUCGGGGAGGUGGUAGACGGCUACUUGAAGAAGUGUGGUCGGCAAUGGGUUGAGAUGGAUACCCUGUUCCAGUUCAUGAUGCAAUAA